CUUCCGGCAGACCGGAAGCUUCAGUAACGCGGGGCGCUGAGGGGACGGUGGCGGUGGCGAUGGAGCGCUACGACGAGGCGGUGUUGAAGGCGGUUCCCGUGUCUGACAUCAGGCCAAAUGAGGGUUCAUUAACAUCAACUUUAAGAACACUUCUAUUCUUCACAGCUCUAAUGAUUACAUUACCUGUGGGGCUAUAUUUUUCAUCAAAGGCUUAUAUAUUUGAAGGUACCUUAGGAAUGUCCGACAGAGACAGCUAUUUUUAUGCUGCCAUAGUUGCUGUAGUUACUGUUCAUGUGGUACUUGCUCUCUUUGUAUAUGUAGCAUGGAACGAAGGUUCUCGACAGUGGCGGGAAGGCAAACAGGACUAGAACGAAGAUCAUUCUCAUCUGAUACCUACAGACUGUAAACCAAGUUUCUGUGAGCUGAAGGAAAAGCAUUCUUCAAAAUGUAUGAUACACAUGUACAAAGAUGAGGCUAAUGCCUCAACUCUGGUUAGAAUAAGACUUGUGCUCAUCUUGAAUGUGUACCAGUGUUUUCUCUAAUGCUGAUGGAAGUUGUUCUUUAGCCAGCCUCUAUUAGGUUGAGCUGAGGGGGUCUUCACCUGGAAUUAGAGUUAAAUAAUUACAUAUUUUUGAAAAAAAACCUGUAGCUAUUUUUGCCAUUCCUAGUAUUUUUCUGGCUUGCUCUGAAAAUAAUAUUGGCAUGAAGCAAGCAUUAUAUUUUCGAGUAAUUAAAUUGCUAGUUAAAAAAGUUACGUUACACAUUGUCCAACUACAGUGGCAAAGAUGGGAUUUGACUUCACUGUGGAUAGUUUACCAAUUUGUGGGUGUUGUGGUUUAACCCCAGCUGGCAGCUAAGCCCCACCCAGCUGCUCACUCGCUCCCUCAGUGGGAUUGGGGAGGAAACCAGAAGGCUAAAAGUGAGAAAACUCGUGGGUUGAGAUGAAGACAGUUUAAUUGGGAAAGCAAAAGCUGCAUGCGCAAGCAAAGCAAACCAAGGAAUUCACUCACUGCUUCCCAUGGGCAGGCAGGUGCUCAGCCAUCCCCAGGAAAGCAGGGCUCCAUCACGCAUAAUCGUGACUUGGAAAGACAAAACACCAUCAUUCUGAACAUCCCCCCUUUCCUUCCUCUCCCCCCAGCUCGAUAUGCUGAGCAUGACGUCAUAUGAUGUGGGACAUCCCUGGGGUCAGUUGGGGUCAGCUGUCCUGGCCGUGUCCCCUCCCAGCUCCUUGUGCACCCCCAGCCCCUUGCUGUUGGGGUGGGGUGAGAGGCAGAAAAGGCCUUGGCUCUGUGCAAGCCCUGCUCAGCAGGAAUGAAAACAUCCCUGUGUUAUCAACACUGCAGCACAAAUGCAAAACGCAGCCCCAUAAUAGCUACUGUGAAGAAAAUUAAUUCUGUCCCAGCCAAAACCAGCGCAGUGGGACAGAUACAAAUAAUAUAUUUCUGAGUUUAGAAGUAAUUGCAAAAAUAGAAUUGGUUAGUAACUCAGGUGGUGUUUUUCUAAUGUGAAAUAAAGGGGGUUUUGUUUUCAAAUGUAACUUUUCAUUAUAGUGUAAAAUUCAAUCUUUAAUUUCCUUUUAGGGGGAUUGUAUUACUGCAUUGCUAAUCUUCCCACUGUUCUGCAGUUAAUCUUGAUGAUGCAAAGGGAAUGGCAUAGCACAUUUUUACAUUUAUGUAUCUCCUUGAUAAUUGCUAAAGGACGUAGUUGGAUUUCCUGCAGUAAAGUAACAUCAGCAGCAGCUAUGAGCCGCUUUAAUGGCUAGUAGAGGAACAAGCAAGAGAAAACAAGCUGUAGCCAUCUGCAGAUGUUGUCUUUUAUGAAGCAGCACACAAGAGUGAUCACAUGGAGAAUUUGCAGCUUUUCGUAAAUAUUACCUUGUUCACUGUGAAAUGAUAUAAUAUGUUGAUUGUUUUCUUUUUUCCUUGGUUGUGGCCAGAAACUUCCUGUAGUCAAACCAUAGUGAGUUUUUUGUAUUACAGGAUAUCCUGAAUUUCAUUUCCCUGUUGUGCUGUUGCUAGCAAGCUUUUUAGCCUAUAGAUAAAAAGUUCUUCCUAAGGUUCCAGCAAUGUGUAGAACUUCCCUAAUGCUCAUGAUUGCUGUUAAGAUGUUGUGCUUGAGGUAGUUCUGUUAAUCUGAGUUUCCCAGUUUGUUGUAUUAGUUGAGCAUUUUUCGGAAGUGUUUUGCUUAGUGGUUUUGGUGUUACAUUUGUCCGUGGUACAACUCAUCCAUAAAUGAGACAAAAACCCGUUACCCAUGCCCAGUGGCCUGAGGAGUGUGUUCCCAGGUCUCAUUCUUCUCAUCUCUACCCAGGUGUGUGCAAGCAUGUGCACCAUGUCACUCUAAUGCAAAUCAGUUUUUACAUUUUGUUUUUUGAAACACUAACAUUUCUCAUCCAGAAGUCCCGUGUCAGGUUUCUGCCAGCAAAGUGGAGAACAGUCUCACGGUACUUGAAAUACAGAUUUACUUUGUAUGUUGGCAUAUUGGCUUCCUAUUCUCCAGUAUAUUAAUUGAACCUCAUAGAACAAAUACUGCCUUUUAAUAAAGAACUAACCUGCAAUACAAGAUCCAUUAAACAAGCAGUUGCGCUGAACAGGUUUUGAAUAAUGUCUUUAAUAUUGCUCAUGUAUAGCGCACCUUACAACAAAUAGAUCAGCUAUAGCACUGUUCAGUAGGUUUUUGGUUUUUUAAACUCCAUUUCUGGUGGAGAAUAAAUGGGAACUUAGCUGUCAGGCGUUACUAGCUGGGUCUUGUGCUAUAUCUAUUUUAUGUUUCACGUACCAGAAUCCCUAGAUGCUAUUUAUUGAACAUAUACAAUUCUACAUGUUCUUUUUCUGGAUUAAGUAUAAGUGGCCUGUGCACCUAGGUAAAGACCUGUGAUUAAUGUCUUUGGCAGGAUAGAUGAUGUGUUGUGAUUCCAAGCCCCUUAUCUUCUCUACUUACGAUCAUUAAUUUACUAGGAAUAACAGGGGAAUAAUUGCGUAUUAUAAUUGUUUAGUUAUGAAAAUCUGAAAAGUUUGACCUGUGCUGUAAGUAUAGGCACUGUGAUGUCUCAGCAGCUGGUGAUAACGAGCUGAGCAUUAACCCAUCCACUGGAAGAUCUUCUUUGAAGGUAAUGCUUUGAUCCACGGUGUUCUCCCUGAGAGCAGACGCAACGCAGGAGUGUCUGCAUUUAACAGCCAUGGACGGGGUUUUACGUUGCCUCUGCUUCGCAGUUGGGAAAACUGCUCAGGUAAAUGGUGCAGUGAAAACAGUCAAGCAGUGGAACUACAGCAUGGCUAGGGAGCUCAAAGAACAGAAACUGCAGCCAUGUACGUGGGCUGGAUACCCUGCUGGGACUCCUGUUGUGCCUUACUAGUGCUAAGAUUUAUUAUAUUUCAAGAGCUUUAUUGUGGUCUCUUUAGGUAGGGUGUUUCCUUUCAUGUACCUGAUGUUCCUGUUAAUGUCAAAACUAAUUUGCGUGUAAAUUCUUUAAUUGUUUAAUGCCCAUUGUAAUUGUUUCAGAGUUUAAAUAAUACCGUGGUUUGUGUGGC